UCUGGCAACGCCACUAAGUGAAAACAACCUGCCCUGGUCGAACAGUCUGGCUACUCUAGCGGUCAGCUGUUUUGCGCAUUUUCGUGCUUGCGCUUUAAGGUCACUCUGAGCACGUCUUAUUUUUGUUGGGUUGACCCUGUAGUUUUUCACCGAAAAGGGUUUUGCGCCACGAUCAGCAGCUAGAGGAACUUCGAAGAUGGGAGCCCGACAGUCUCAAUCCCGCGAGCCCCGCUCCGUUUCGAUGGAAAACCCAACUCCUGCCGGCGUUAUUGAUAUAUCCGACGAUGUGGUCAAGCGACUGAAGGCGGGAAUAUCCCAGCAGGCUCGUGAGCACGCAGCUGCUGCGGAGGAAUCGAAACCAGUGCCCAAGCCAACGUCGAAGACUGCCGCCAAGCCAGCCGCAUCCUCGCCAGCUGCUCCUCCUGCUCCGAAAGUAUCCUCCUAUCCCGCUGCAGUGCCCAUUUACGUCCAGGGAGGAGGACACACCAUCAGCGCGGCCGAUGUGCAGCGCCAGAUGAACCAGGAGCUGAUCAAGAACGACGAGCUGUGGAAGGAGCGCAUGGCGAAGCUGGAGGAGAACCUCAAGAAGACCAACACCAUCCUGGAGAAGGAGUACGCCAAUGCUGUAGACAAUGUGCACAAGCGAUUCGUCAGCACCGCGUCGUCGCACAAAGUGCCUCCCUGCCAGGACCUGAAAUCCCAGCUGCUUGCCUGCUACCGCGCGCAUCCCGGGGAGACCUUGAAGUGCAUGGAGGAGGUGGCCCAAUUCCGACAGUGCAUCGAUCUACAUCGCGUCCAGAAGCUGGAUGCGGAACCAGAGUCGCCGAAAGCGACCUCCAAGGCCACCGUUCCUGCCAAGGCGGCCUAGGAUCCUGGCAGAUCCUUUGUCCUGAUUUGUUGACUUUUCUUAGAUUCCCCUUAUGGGUUUUGUAUAAACGAUUGAGCGAUCGAUGGGGAUGCACUCAAAACUUAAGCAAAAGUGUCAUUGCUAGCGAUAGUAGUAAACUAACUUAAAUGAAUCAA